AUGUGGCACGAGGCGAGGAGAUCGGAGCGGAAGGUCCACGACAUGAUGGACGCCGCUCGGAAGCGAGCGCAGCGGCGAGCGGUGUAUUUGGCGAAGAGGAGAGGCGAUCCUCAGCAAUCGAUUCAGGUCAUGGGCAAUCGCUGCCGCAUGUACCGCGAUGAUGGCCUCUACCAAGCCGCUGAGGAUCAGCAGGGAUUGAUACCUUGGAACGGGAAGGACGAUGUACUGUUUGACAGAUUCGACGGCCGGGCGCUUCUCGAUUUUAUUCGGGAGGCUGGCUCUCGGAAUUUCCGGCAGCCCGAGAAAUCGGAAGAAGAAGAAGAACUCGAAGAGUUUGUUAGUUUUGAGCGUUAUCGGGAUUUAAUUAAGCUUCGGCGUAGAGGAUUAACUGAUGAGGAAGGUGUACGCCAUGUGAUGCAAGAGAUGGAAGCCAAAGCGAUUUCUCCAUUUGUUUCCCACAGCAAAUCUCAGCAGGCACAGCCUCCUGCCAACAAGGGUACAUAUUCACAAGUGGGUUUCUCUUACGACGGAAACAGAAAAGAGGAUGAGAAGCUAUCAGAUGGCGACGAUGAUGAAGACGACGAUGAAGAUGAUGAGGAUGAAGAAGAUGACUUUAACAGUGACGACAGCGGUGAUGAAGGAAUUGAUGUUAUUGCAAAAGAAUUUGGAGUUAAGAGGUUUGGUUGGCUUGUGUAUAUGGAUAAAAAGGCGAAAGAAGAGGAGAAAAGGCAGAAGGAAGUUAUUAAAGGCGAUCCCGCAACUAGGAAGUUGAGUCGUAAGGACAGAAGGAAAGCUUCUCAAGUAGAGAGGGAAAAAGAGAAGGAAGCUGCUAGAAUCACUGGGACCAGAUUGCUGCGUCAUGAUCCCUACCGGGAAUCUAGACGGAGUCCAACUUAUGAAGCUUAUUCUCGUUCUAGAAGAUCAAGAUCGAGAUCAUACUCUCCAUCACACUCUAGACGUCACAGUCGUGCUGGUCACUAUGACGACGUUCAUCGCAGCAAAGCUAAGAGUCCUAAGAUAGAGUAUAUCACUGAAUUUGGUAGCUCUAUUACUGUGGAAGAGCCGAAGUUUGAAGGAUAUUCUCCACCACCAUCUCCAUCCCGGACUGAUUUGGUGAACCGGCCAUCAUCUGGUCAUAUACUUGAGGCACUUCAUGUUGACCCAGCAUCUGGUGUAUCUCUUGACAAGGAUAAAACUGCAAAAGAGUUGAAACCUUCUGCAAGCAGCAGCAGCUCCUCAGGGUUAUCAAAGCUAAGCAAGGCAAGUGUUCCUGGGGGAGUUGUAAAGCAGCAGCCAGGGGAGAAAAGGGAAACUCCCCAGGAGAGGCUUAAAAGGAUUAUGAACACGCAGCUAAAUAAACAAAUUAAAAAGGACACUGUUGCUGAAAUGACUAAAAAGAAAGAACAAGAGCGUCAGAGAAUGGAGAAACUAGCAGAAACAAGUCGGAUUAGUCGUUAUAGACGAUGUAGCCGCAGCAGGAGUCACAGCCGUUCUCUGCCAAGCCGAAGGAACCGACACAGCAGAAGUCGAAGCAGGAGCAGGAGUUCACGGAGGCACCAUUCGAGAUCCCGCUCACGUUCGAACUCCCGGUCUCGUUCUCCGUCCAGGUCACGGUCUUACUCUCGCUCUCCUAGGAGAAGGAGCAGAUCAAGAUACUAG